CAGUGGUACAACAACCUGCAUCUAAUUCUUGAACUUUCCUGUCAUUUUGUUCAUCCCUCCCCUCUAGAUCAGUUUUAUCGUCAGUCUACCAGAGGCAAACCUGGGCAUCCAAAUGAACAUGGUUGAAACGGCUGUUGAUGACAUGUACUUUGGCUGCAACGAAACAAUGACAAUGAUCAAGGACAAAUACUUUAAAGAAGAGAACACUGGAAAAUUUGCAGAUGUCUGGAAAAAAGCACAACGUUUUGUUGAGAAGAGACUCAAAAAUAGAGAUAAAGGGGAUGAGGCUCUAACUAAAGAUCACAUGCAAGCAAUCUGUGUUUAUACUGCUGAAUAUCCAAAGUUUUAUGGGACGUUUAAUGAUGAAAUCCAGAAGGGCAUGAGCACAUAUAGAACUUCCUUCCCAUUUCACUCCUUACAUUUCUGGCUGACAUCCGCUGUACAGAUCCUCAAUAAUAAAAACUGUCACACUUCUUACCGUAGAACCAAUUCUCAGUAUAGUGGCAAUGUCAAUCAAAUAAUGCAGUUUGGUUUCUUUGCCUCCAGCUCUUACAAAACACAGUACUGCUUUGGUAAAAAGACCUGCUUUGAAAUUAAAACCUGUUCAGGUGCUUUCCUGAAACAUUAUCCCUACCUUGGAAAACAAGAGCAAGAGGUGCUCAUCCCUCCCUAUGAGUUCAAGGUAAUUAAGAAAACGAAGGGUCUAUAUGUCGAAGGUCUGGUUGAUGAGGUUGUCUAUAUCCUGGAGAGCGCAGGCAUUCACAGCAAUCUGAACUGCAACGCCGCCUAUGAGAGACCUAUGGUUGAUCAACUGGUUGAGCGGAGUGAAACCAUUUUAGUCUAG